AUGCCUCCAGCUGCUCAAAAUCUACUACGAUUCAGAUGUCUGUGUCACCACCUCCCUGCUCAGCAGUACGAUCCUCACACAGGUUGCAAGGGCCAACCUACACCUAGGCAAGAAACGGAACAAGAAGAUGGAGUCAGAGGCCGGGUAUGCAUGCAAAUCCAACUCUACCACCAGGGUCAGAUCCUCCAUUCCCAUAUUCCCGGAACCGAGGAGUCUCCCUGCAUACGGAACACUCACCAGUCAAGCCUAGAGGCCGACGGCGCCCGUAAAUUAAUUUGGCUAGAGCUGGGUAGAAAACGCUCCGGCCAGGACGGCGUUACCUGCCGGUGCAUGCCCGAAGACGGACGGAUUCAUCUUUAGGGGGACUCAAGGAAGCUUUCUCCUCCAUCGCUUGGCCCACGCUGGACCCUGGCUAAGGCGGUUGAGCACCAUAGAACUAUGUAACAUGCGUUGAAUGCCGUGUAUCCCAAUGGUACGGGCCCGAAAUCUUAACCUCUCGGGCCGCCUCCGAGAAAUAUUUACAUUAUACGGUACCCAUUAACGAACCGAUCAAUUAAUGUUUGUAUUCCUUGGAUCGAACGAAAGUUUAAAAAUUAAAACAAAAAUAACGAGGAAAAAGAAGACAAUCCAAACCAAUUCCCAAAAACCGCCGGAAGAAGAAAAUAACCAACUAAAAUACGCCCAAUUGAGCCAGCAGCCAGUAGGGGAUCAGCGCGUCAUGGCAAAUUUUCUCAGCCUGUCGUCUUAAUGUAGCGUGGGCGUGCCUCGAAA